GAUGAUACGUCCUGUGUCACUGACACCUCAUCCCAUCGCGUGCACGACAGACUAUGACAUCCUUCGACUUCCUCGUCGUCUCCUGCCUCUCCCCGUUUCUCGGUCGUUUCACCGUCUUUUGGACCUUGCUUAGGACACCCGCACGCAUGCUCGUCGCUUAUGAUCUGUUCAUGAUCUCCAUCUACGUAUGUCUCUGUGGAUAUCUAUCCUCCACACUACAUUCCUCGUAGGCUAUCAUUCUAUCAUCCUAUCGCUCUCCAGCCCAUAUCAUUAUUGCUAUUUAUCAUUCCUAUUCCCUAUAUACCCUUUUCUACUUGGUCUUUUUGUAUUUUCUCUUCUUUCUUCCUCUAUUUGUAAAGCCCUCACCAAUUUGCAUUCUUCUUUUGAGGACAGCGUAACAUUAUCAUAUCUCUAUACUCAUUUCUCUUCAGGUUCUUUGAAUGUCUCCUUUUUUGAUUUUUUAUUCGUGUUUUUGUGACGGUUCUUGCGAAUUUUAUCGAUUUGUGAUAAAG